AUGGAGUUACAAGUGGGAAUUGAACCGAUGACCCUGGGCUCCCCGACCUCUCCCAAGCCGACCCCUGGAGCUCAGUUCCUGCCCGGCUUCCUGAUGGGAGACCUUCCCGCUCCCACCACCCCCCAGCCGCGACCUUUCAACCUGGGCACCUCCAUGAUGGAGAGCCCAGGAACACCCCGAGGUGGAAUCGUCUCUGCUCCGCUGCCUUUUGUCCCGACGCCUAAAGACAAGAGUGGAGCCCCGCCUGUACGCAGUAUCCAUGACGACCUGGUUACUAUGACCACGCCCCUAAAAACACACGGACAGGUGAGAACAAAUACAGCUUUCCAGGCAUGCAGUCCCCUCUUCCUGGCCCGGGGGGGUUCAACUCCAGGUGUGCAGUUGUGUCUCUCUCCAGCUCAGGUGGAUCCGUUCUACAGUCAGGGAGAGUCUCUGUCGUCUGACGACCAGCUGGACCAGACCUGGAUCACUGUGUUCGGUUUUCCUCCAGCCUCAGCCUCCUACAUCCUGCUGCAGUUCGCUCAGUACGGAAACAUUCUGAAACACACGAUGGCGUCUCCUGGUAACUGGAUGCACCUUCAGUAUCAGUCCAGCCUGCAGGCCAGGAAAGCUCUGUCCAAAGACGGGAAAGUGUUCGGAGACGCCAUCAUGGUGGGAGUCAAAACCCUGCAUAGGACAAGUGUGAUGGACAGCAGUGUCUCCUCGCCUCUCUCCUCCUCCUUCUCCUCCGUCCUCCCCUCCACUCCUCGCUCCGCCAUCAGGCCGCUCAGCGCUGGCUACAAGUGCAAGACGGCCGGCAGCGACUACCAGGUGUUAGCAGACAGACAGACGCCCAGGAAAGACGACAGUAUGGUUUCCAAAGCCAUGGAGUACAUGUUCGGCUGGUGACAAAACACAAUGCAUCAUGGGAUACCUGCAGCCUUGAAGGAAAGAGAAUCCACGGACAGAUGGAUGAACUGAUUCACUACACAGUGUGUGAGUGUGUGUGAGAGUGUGCGAGAGAGUGUGUAUGUGAGAGUGUGUGCUGAGGUUAUUUCUCUCCUUUUAUAAUCAGUAUUUUUUAAUGUUGUCUCCAAUAAAGAUUUUUCUCUG